CUGCACCGGAGGCGCCCAGGAUCUGCAGGCACCCACCCUGGUCCCAUCAGAAGGUCCCCAGGAGUUUGGAGGUGUGAAGAUGCGCAGGGCGAGGCUCCUGAUCUUCUGGCUUUGCUGCUUAGUGCCCUGGUCGGAGGGCAUAAACCCAGGAUUUGCAGGCAGGAUCACCAAGAAAGGACUGGAUUAUGCAUGCCAAGAGGGAGUCGCAACCUUGCAGAAGGACUUGCCGGCCCUCACUCUGCCCGAAUUCUCUGGCACCUACAGAGUUAAAGUUAUUGGAAAUGUCAACUACAGGUUCUACAGACUGAACAUCCGUAGGUUUGAGCUGUUCCACUCAACGAUUGAGCCCGUGCCGGGCCAGGGUCUCAGGGUCUCCAUCAGCAAUGCUUUGGCUGAAAUGACCGGCCAUUGGGAGCUGAAGAAACGUUGGCUGAAGGAUGAUGACUCCUUUGAACUGAAGGUUGACGGCAUCUCCAUCUCUGUGGUCUUGAAGCUGGGGAGUGACGGCACUGGGAGACCAACGGUGACCACCUUGGAUUGCAACACCCACAUUUCCAACGUCGACAUUGAUAUUUCUGGCAAAUGGGAGUGGCUGUAUAACCUCUUCAAAAGCAAGGUUGAAUCAGCUUUCAAGACAGCCAUGGAAAGCAAGAUCUGUGAGAUAGUGAGGACUUCUGUGAACUCCAAACUGCAGUCCCAUCUCCAGUCUUUGCCAGAACCGGCUCGUUGCCCAACCUCUGGUCAAUAGCCACGGUCAUCCCUGUCUUCAAAAAGGGAGAGAGACCCCAGCCUAGUUGGAAACAACAGACCAAUCUCUUUCUGUGGCGUCACCUGCAAAGUCAUGGAAUCAACCAUAAAC